AUGGUCGUCGAAUUACCAACCUCAGAUACUUAUGUUCGAUUUGUGAGCAAGAGGACCGGUAAAGUCCUAGCAGAUGGCAAAGAACUUUAUCACACAGAUAAAGAUCCAGCCAAGGCGGAGCAUUGGUGGAGAAUCAUCCCAGCUAAUGGACAAACUAACCGCUACAUCAUCAAAAAUGUCACCACUGGGCGAGCCAUCUGGUGCCGCUACAAGAGUCGUCGUGUAGGCUGUAUUGAUGACGAUGGGAAGUGGCCGGACAACUGGUUCGUCUUUGAGGAGACCAAGCUCCCCAAUUGUAGCGGAACUUUUCGCAUUCGCUGUCCAUUUACCAACUGCGCUCUUGCCUCACGCACCGACCAGAAGCCUGAGGUUGAUGGAAUUAUGUUGAAAGAUGACAAUUCACCCGACAACGAGGAACAACAUUUCUCGAUGAAUUUCGAGGACAUGGAGGUCGAGAGCAUUGAAUAUGAUAUCAAAAGUGGUAAGAAAUCGUCAGAAAAACCAGCGGCAAUUGCUCAGCAGGACAUGGAGAACGCAACGGACACCGAGCAAAUUCAGACUUUCACCUACAACGAAGACAAGGCAGAAGAGCAUAGCUUCGAGCACUCUCACGGCUUUGAAGUCUCCAUUGCUCAGAAAAUCAAGGUCCAAGCAUGGCCGAUCUGGACCGGUGAAUUGGAAGUCAAGGUCAGCACAAAGAAUGAAUGGAAAUGGGGUGAAAAAAACACUCUCACGACCAAGUGGGGUAUCAGUCAAGCUCUUAAGGUGCCCAAAAAUAGUACAUUUGUGGCUACUUUGACGGCCACAAAGAUGGAGAUUUCAGUACCAUUCAAGAUGACCUGGAUCGCCAAGGAUUCUGGCGCGAGAAAUGUCACCUAUGGUGUAUAUACAGGUGUUUCAUACUAUGGUGCUUCCACGAAUGUUAAAGCAAAAUCUGGUGCUUCGGAGACUACCUAUAGGGAUGAGAACAGGUCGUUUGAAGAUGAUGCCGAAGGUAUUGAGGGGGAUGAUACGGGUGAAGAACAAACCUACCGGGAAGAAAAUGAGCAAGCGGGCUCCUAUGAUUCGUAUGGAAAUGAAACGGCGUAUGAUGCGGAUCAGUCAUAUGAUGGCCAAGGAUCAUUUGAGGAGAAUCAAGAUUACAAUACUGGCGCGGAACAAGAGGAAGAAACCCGUGUUGAGCCGGAAUAUCAAGAGAACAUGCCAUAUGAAGAGGGCUACGAGGGCGACGAUGGCCGCCAGUUUGUCGAGGUAAACUACGAGGAACAGGAUUCAUACACACAACGCAACGAAGACGGCGAAUCGUACAAUACUGGCUACCAGCAGAACGAACUUGAAGAUACUGGUGGCCAAGAACGGCCGUCCUAUGAGCAAUCUCAGCAAUCGACCUACUACGGACAAAAUUCCUAUGAAAAUGGGAAUAGCUACGAGGAGCGCCAGAAUUAUGAGCCCGAGAUAGAAAAUCUAUCCCUCGAAGAAUCUGGGCCAAGCUACCGAAACAACGCAGAAUCUUACUCAGGAGGCUAUGGUCAGCAGACUUCUAACAAUGAUGGCUAUGAAAACAAUCAAUUCAAUAAUGAGUCUACCGAGCAAACAUCCUACAACUCUACGUAUCAGGACACCGACCCAUCACGCGAGUGUGACAAUUUUGACGAGCAGCGAUAUGGCUUAGGAGAAAGCGAAGAUAAUGCCUACGCUCAAGCCAAUGGUUAUGAUCAAAUUUUUAAACCUAACUACGAAAAUAACACGUACGGUCAAGUCAGUGACUUUGAGCUAUCUUCCAAUGCUGUCUACGAUGACAAUACCUACGAUAACAACGGUGGUUACAGUAGCACUGUGUAUGGAAGAUCCUCUGAGCCGACUUAUGAAGAGAAUACCGAGUCUUCCUAUAGUAGAUACUAG